AUGGCCUCCCUGGCCUUCCUCGUCCCCCUCUACCCCUCUCUCUGCAUCUUCUUCUCCUCAUUGCUGAUGGCAUACCUCUACCGGCGAAAUCUUCGACGCGCCUGUCCUCGCUUCUUCGGUACCAUCUUCCGGAAGAACCAGACCAACAAACAAGGACGCUAUACACGACUGGACGACAGGGAAGUGGAAUUAGAAUCCGGGCUCGAAUCAGAAAAUGAGUUUGAAAUCCAAUCAAAAGACAUAGCUUACGACAAGGAUGAAGACGGAGAAGAUGAAGACGAAGAACCAGCACCAUUUCCCGAAUCAACCUCCCAAGAACAACCCCCUCCACUCUCUCCCUUAUCUAUCUACUUCAACGCCCAAACCACACUCAUCCACCCACAUCUGCUGUCCCCGGUUGCCCCGCCCACGCCCGGCUGGGAACGGCAGCUUCGGCGACGAAUCGACGAGGGGCGCGGUCUAGGCGCUUGGAAGGAUCGGCUGGUCGAGAGGACGGUGCGAUGGCUACUUUCGUUUUCUUGA